AUGCAAUUACGAAAUUCGACCUAUAGAUCUGUUCGUGAAUGUGCAAAGAAAGUAUACGCCAACGAAGGACUGAAAGCAUUCUACAUAUCGUUUCCAACAACUGUAUCCAUGUCUAUUCCAUUUCAGUCCGUUCAAUUUGCGACAUAUGAGUACUGUAGAUCCAAAUUCGACCCAGAGGGAUCCUACAAUCCAAAGAUCCACAUGUUAGCAGGCGCUGUAGCGGGUACAGUUGCUUCAUCCGUUACUACACCACUGGAUGUUGUCAAGACGCUAUUGCAGACCAAGGGCUCAUCAAAAGAUGCCGACAUCAAGAAUUGCAAUGGGUUUAGAGAGGCUACCAAUAUCAUUUACAAUCGACAUGGCAUCAAGGGAUUUUUCAGAGGAUUUAGGCCCCGUGUGUUGACCAACAUGCCCAGCACAGCCAUCAGCUGGAGCGUUUACGAGUAUUUCAAGUGGUUUUUGGCAAGUGAGGAAGGAGACAAAUUCAUAGAUCGCAUUUAA